AAUAAAAGGGUUCGAUGAAAAUAAACUACUUAUAUGCAUUUGGAAGUGGCCUUUGGCUUUCUUCAAGAUUCGUUGAAAAGAUGGCUACCGAGGAUAGCUUGCAUCUGUGUUGCCCAGCCCCCGACCAAAACUCCUACCCAAUAUCGCUCGUAAUCACUAUUUCAGAGAAUCAAUCUCCACUUCAGUUCAACCCUCCCUGUUCGUCUAGUUUCUCCAUACUGUUUACUUACAACAUCUCCCUCCCAACCCUUUGAGACAUAUUGGCGUUUCUUCUUCGCCGACUGAAAAUUGCGCGGGUACACGCAAUUACUCUUGGCACGCGGCCACAGGUAACAUGCAGUGCACAUGGAAAUGUUCUUAUAGUCGUAGGAUCCGUCUCUCUCUUUCGCAACUGGAGUACUCCAU